AUGUCUAACCGAAUCGAUUCCUCUUCAUCGACGGAAAGUUAUUGGACCAUUGUUGAGACCGUGCCCUAUUCCUUGGCCAGCAGUCAAACGAAUACCGGCACUACAACCUGUACAAAUGUCAUUAGCAGCCAUCAACAUGCCAUAUUGCAGGCCCACCAUACAUCACAUUCCCAGCAUACAACACAGAUAACACAGCAGCAACAACAACAUCAAACCUUGGCCCAUCAUGCUGUGGUCUCGGCGGCACCUCAACAUGUCAGCCACACAGCCGCCGCCGCCACCACAGAUCCCGCCGAUAUAAUAGCUUCGGCCACUGUGGUUGUGGAAAUACCCUCCGAAACGGAGGGUAUGCCGGCCAGCACCAUACACUAUACCCUGCCCAAGGGUACCACUACCCAACAUCAAGAAAUUUUGCGAAGUGUUCAGACAUCCACAGCUCUUACGGCGGCCUAUAAUAAAUUGGCAAAUCCUCCAGCGGCCACAAUACAAAUUGUUAAGCAACCACAUUCCGGAACUGGAGUGCCUCCUAGGGCCAUUAUACAACAUGAAACCACCAGCCAUGCGCAACAACAGCCUUCGCAUCAUCACCAUCAGGUUCAGCACAUAACUUUACAGGAAUGUCUAGAGGCCACGGCCACAACUGCUGCAUUGCAACAACAACAACAGCAGCAGCAACAACAACAUGCCACACAACAUUUACAUGUUACAACAAGUAAUAAUCAUGGUCAAGCAGGCAACAAUCCCGGCACACAAUUACCGCAAACUACCACAGAAUUUAUAAAAAUCGAUACCUCACGAUUUGAGGAUAAAGUUCUGCUAAGGAAUGUGGUGCAAUAUGAACAACAACAACAGCAGCAACAUCAACAACAACACCAAAUUGUCAGUACCAAUAAUCAUGGAACACCCACGGCAACCAUCAUAGUUAAUGAGGCCACAGGGGCCACACAUUUGGAGGUUAUCAAAGAUCAUCCGCAGCAGCAGCAUCAUCACCAUCAAACUUCUCAACACCAAUUACAGAAUAUAGCCGAAUCGGUAACCACCACAACAACAACAUCCGAUACCGAUGAUAUGUUAGAAGCAGAAUUAACCGAAAUGAAACCCUUUAAUCCGCAACAUCAAAAUCCUCCAUCCACCACCACCACCACAUCAGGCCACGAAACGUCGGAAAAUGAAAGUGAUAAAUUUUUGGCACCACCCAAACGUAUCAAAACCAUUGGCCUCAAACCUUCCGAUAUAGCUGCGGCUGGCCUGCAAUAUGUCUGCAAUGUUUGUGGUAAAUCGUAUAAAAUUAAGGGCUCCCUAAAACGUCACAAAAGCUAUGAAUGCGGUGUGGCGCCACAGCUAUCGUGUCCCUAUUGUCCGCACAAAUGUAAAUAUAAAUCGGAUUUACGUAAGCAUAUCUCACAGAAACAUGCUGUUAGUGUACAGCAGAGUAGUGCCAUGUAUAAAUAG